UUUCGUACAAACUUGGCUAAUUUUCUCUUCAAAGAUGGCACCAAAGGCAGAGAAGAAACCCGCAGAGAAGAAGCCAGCAGCCGAAAAAUCUCCGGUCGCCGAGAAAUCAAAGGCCGGGAAGAAGCUACCCAAAGACGGCGGUUCCGCCGCCGCCAGUGACAAGAAGAAGAAGAGAUCUAAGAAAUCGGUCGAAACCUACAAGAUCUACAUCUUCAAAGUGUUGAAACAAGUUCAUCCCGAUAUCGGGAUCUCGAGCAAAGCUAUGGGGAUCAUGAACAGCUUCAUCAAUGAUAUCUUCGAGAAGCUUGCUCAGGAAUCUUCGAAACUUGCUAGGUAUAACAAGAAGCCUACUAUCACUUCACGGGAAAUUCAAACUGCUGUUCGAUUGGUUCUUCCUGGUGAAUUGGCUAAGCACGCUGUAUCUGAGGGUACUAAGGCUGUUACCAAAUUCACCAGCUCUUGAAUUUAGGUUUUUUUUUUGCUGUUUUUAACUGUUGGGUUUAUGGGGUCGAUUAGGGUUUUGUGAUGUAAAGAAGAAACAAUGAUUAGUUAUCGGCAUAGAUUUUUCAAGUU